GGGAAACAGGCGAAGGUUGUGUGAGCCAAGAGCAACAGUGGCGUACCUCUACACACAACCUGAACCCUGAACCGGGGUCGUAGCGGCCGUGCUGUUCGGUGCGGCUUUUUUGCGGGAUGGCGGGUCAGGACGAAUAUGACCACCUAUACAAGAGUAAGCGACGCAGGAAGGCAGAGAGGGCGCACCACACACUGCAGGCCAGAUCCCCUUCAUCUUAUCACUCAGACAACACAUGUCUGCGCACUGAUGGUAUUCCCUCUCUGUGUGUGUGCUGUGUGUGGUGUGUUUGCCACUGCAUAGUCAUAUUGGUAGGCGAUGCGACUGUAGGCAAGACGCAUCUGUUGUCGCGGUACAUCAAGGGCACACUGCCCAAGGCGCCCACAGCCACCAUAGGGGUCGAGUUCGCCACCAGGACAGUCCCGCUGGCCGUCGGGGGGACGGUCAAGGCCCAGAUAUGGGACACUGGUCAGUGAGUGGGGUCAGUGACACAGACAGACAGACAGACAGACAGGCGCACCCGGCGACCCUUUCCGUGUGCCUGUGGUUGUUGUCCAUGGCAAUGCGUUCAUUGGUGUGUCUGUUCAUCUGUUUCUCUGUUCCUCUGUUCGUUCAGCUGGUCAGGAGCGUUAUCGUGCGAUAACGAGUGCGCACUACCGCCGUGCGGUGGGUGCGCUGCUGGUGUAUGACGUGACCAAGGCGCAGACCUUCCAGAACUGCACCAAGUGGCUCGAGGACCUGCGCAACAACGCCGAGCCAGACAUUGUCGUCAUGGUGGUCGGCAACAAGGUCGACCUCGUCGAGAAGGACCCAUCGCUCAGGCAAGUUCCAUUCGAACAGGCGCAGGCGUGGGCGCAAUCCAAAAGUAAGCACACUGACGCGAGAAGGUCGAGAAGGGACGGCAUGCUGAGCGUGUGUGUGUGUGUGUGUUAGGUUUAAUGUUUUACGAGAGUUCUGCUGUGACGUCGUUCAACGUCAAACACAUUUUCGAGGACCUCCUGCAGGGUCAGUGAGGCGGCGAGGGCAGGGCAUAUCGAUACGAGGACCGAUCUGGUUUAACUUCUGUGUGUUGUGUUGUGAAUCGUCCGACCAGAGAUCUACACUCAGAGGACCAAGGUCAAGUCUGACCGGUAUAACGACAACUCAACACAAGGUACCGAAGGUACGACACACACACAGACAGACUGACAGACUGACAGACAGGCAGAUCGUCGGAGCCGCACUUUUCGAUGGUUCCAUCUUUCCUCUCUGGUGCCUGCCUGCCUCCGUCCGUGUGUGUGCAGGUGGCAUGCAGCUCCGGCACAACCCCCCGCAACGGCAAGCCGGCUGUUGCACAUAAUUCGCACCUGUAAUUCGGGCACUGCAGCCGAUACGAUACACACAUGUAAGUAUAUAUGUCAGAGGGAGGGCACCUCUCACAGCACAUUGCCGCACGACGACACAUACCUAUCGAUACGAAUCGUUGUUUCGUUUCUGAUCCUUGUUUUGUCUGUCAGGCUGUCGCGCGUGCAGGGCGAUUUUGUGAGCACGAUCUUCGCUCCCUCUCUGGCUCUCCUGCCUUCCCCUCUCCCACCGCUGCCUGCCUGCCUGCCUGUCUGUCUGUCUGCCUCUGGUCCAUCCAUCCAUCUCUAUCUAGCGCUGCUAUGCUCUCUUGGCUGGCUGAUGUACAGAACCGACGAAUGGGCGCGGAUAUGGGCGGGCGGGGGCUGGCUGCAUCGGCAUGCACAUGGAUCCAUUCAUUGAGCUGAGGGCGGG